AUGGACCCCGUGGCGCCCGCGCUCUCUGGGCCGGCGGGCGGCGAUGGUACGAUCGCCGCCGCGGGGGAGGAGGAGGAGGUCGAGGGCGCUGCUGCCGCCGCCGAGAGGCGGGCCGCCGCGCUCCGGAGACCCCAAUUGUCGCCGAUCCUUCAGCGACGCGCCAUACCGACACCGGGCACAGUUCGCAGCCACUUGCUGCCCCCCUGCGUCCGCCGCGGAGCUUCGGAUUCUACUUACAGCGGCGCGGACGCGGAGGAGGCAGGCGGGGGCUCUGGGGCGGCGGAGGCGAGCGCGGCGGCCACGGCCGAGGAGGACAAGCGCGUCCGGGCGCUGAGGAUUGCCCUGCAGCACAAGACGCAGAUGCCCGUGACGGACGAGGAGGCCCGGGCUAUCCUCCAGGCGCGAGGGGGUCGCGAGACUCCCGUGACGGAGGAGGAGGCGCGGGGCGGCGAGAAGCUAUCGCGGCGUGGGAAGAAGGCGGUGGCGAAGGAGGCGGGCGAGGUGGCAUCACGCGAGGAAGGCGAGGCGAUUUCUCGCGCGACGCUCGAGUCGCUGUUGGCGUCCACCGAUGAGUAUGACGAUCGGCCGUCGAUCCCGAGGCACGAGGGUCGUCGGGGCUCACGGACGGCCGACUUUUUAUAUGACCAGUAG